AUGGAUAUUGAUGAAUGUAAUCUGAAGACCCACAACUGCAGUAGCCAGUCAGCAACAUGUGCUAAUAACUAUGGGUCCUAUGUAUGCGAGUGCCGUCCAGGGUUUAAGACCUGGAAUGGCACUGACUGUCAAGAUGUUGAUGAAUGUAGCUUGAGGACUGAUGGUUGCACUGGUCUGGCAACAUGCGUUAACACGCUUGGUUAUUUCCGCUGUGAAUGCCCACCGGGGCUUAAGAGCAAUGGCACCGGCUGUCGAGAGUUGGAUGAAUGCGAACUUAAUGCUACAUGCAGCAUUGAUGCUUACUGCACAAUUGAGAAUGGGACAUUCUCAUGUGUUUGCAAGCCUGGAUUUACUGGAGAUGGAUUUUUCUGCACAGCACAACUAUGCCCGCCAAGCCGCACUUUCCUAGGCAAUGUCACUGACAUCACCAAUGUGCAGAAGAGUUUGUCCUGCAGCCCUGGCUUGACCUUCCCGCCUGACAUUCCAUCAACGUAUUACUGUGACGGCACAACCUCCUGGCCUAAAUGCUUGGAUGUGGAUGAAUGUGACUUGAGGGUUGAUGGUUGCACUGGUGUGGCAUCGUGUGUUAACACGCUUGGCUCUUUCCGUUGCGCAUGCCCACCGGGAUAUAAGGCAAAUGGCACUGGCUGUGAAGACAUCAAUGAGUGUCUUGGGCGCUACCCACUCUGUAAAUAUACAAGGUGCUUCAAUGAGAUUGGAGGCUUUAAAUGCUGCUCACCCGGGUAUAUCGCCAAUAGGACAAUGCUGAACAGUACCGGGAUUAAAGAAUGUACAGCUCAAGCAUGCCCGAAAAGCAGCAGUUUUCUAGGCACCGUCACUGACAUUACCAAUGUUUUGAAGAAAUUGACCUGCCAUCCAGGAUUGGCCUUGGAGCCGGGUGUACCUGCAACCCAGUACUGCGACGGUCAAGACCUCUGGCCAGUUUGCAUUGAUGCUGAUGAAUGUAGCUUGAACAUUCAUAAAUGCACUGGCAUGGCAACAUGUGUAAACACACACCGGUCAUACCAGUGUACAUGCUCACCAGCAUUUCGCAGUAAUGGCACCGACUGUGAAGAUAUCAACGAGUGUCUUCUGCCCUCACCGCCCUGUGAAUAUGAAAGGUGCAUCAAUGAGAUUGGAAACUAUACAUGCUGCCAACGCGGCAUCACUGAUGAGUGGAACAACUUGCCCCCAACUGUGCUGCAGUCUCCGCAACGCCUGACGUCCCUCCAGUCGUUCAAGGGCAAGGUGCAUUAG